UUCAUUAGUUGUAUUCCCUGAAUGACUAUAAACCACCCAUUUCUAAAGCGAAAAUGACCCAAAUUACUAAGGCAGCCAUCAAAGCUAUUAAGUUCUAUAAACAUGUGGUACAGAGUGUUGAGAAAUUCAUUCAGAAAUGUAAACCAGAGUACAAGGUACCCGGACUUUAUGUUAUUGACUCCAUUGUGCGGCAAUCUCGACAUCAGUUUGGUCAAGAAAAGGAUGUGUUUGCACCCAGAUUUAGUAAUAACAUCAUUAGCACUUUCCAGAAUUUAUACCGUUGCCCUGGGGAUGACAAGAGUAAAAUAGUGAGAGUAUUAAACUUAUGGCAGAAGAAUAAUGUAUUUAAGAGCGAGAUUAUUCAGCCUCUUUUGGAUAUGGCAGCAGGAAUUCCUCCUCCAGUUGUCACACCUGUUUUGGCCAGUUCUACUGCUGCUAUGAGCAAUACCCCAGGAACGCCUGUGACACCUGUUACUCCUGCCAAUGUGGUCCAAGGCUUACCUGAUCCAUGGGUAUCUCAGAUAACAAAUACAGAUACCCUUGCAGCUGUGGCUCAGAUCUUACAAAGUCCUCAAGGCCAACAGCUUCAGCAGUUAAUACAGACAUUACAGAUACAACAGCAGAAGCCCCAGCCCUCCAUUCUACAGGCCCUGGAUGCUGGUCUUGUUGUUCAGUUGCAGGCUCUUACGGCACAGCUCACAGCUGCAGCUGCAGCAGCCAACACUCUUACUCCCUUAGAACAAGGAGUCUCCUUUAACAAGAAGCUGAUGGAUAGGUUUGAUUUUGGGGAAGAUUCUGAACAUACUGAAGAACCCAAAAAGGAAAUUCCAACUUCUCAACUUUCUCAUGUUUCAGAAUCGGUGAACAAUUCCAUUUUUCAUCAGAUAGCAGAACAACUACAACAGCAAAACCUUGAACAUCUCAGACAACAGCUCCUGGAACAGCAACAGCCUCAAAAGGCCACUCCUCAGGAUAGUCAAGAAGGAACAUUUGGGUCUGAGCAUUCAGCAUCACCAUCACAAGGGAGCAGUCAACAGCAUUUUCUUGAACCUGAGGCCAAUUUGGAUGAUUCCAUAGAUAUUCAGCAACAGGAUAUGGAUAUAGAUGAAGGGCAAGAUGGCGUAGAAGAGGAGAUCUUUGAACAAGAAGCUAAGAAAGUGGCUGUUCGCUCAAGAUCAAGAACACAUUCGCGAUCUCGUUCAAGAUCACCAAGAAAACGAAGGUCUAGGUCACGGUCUGGUUCUCGAAAGCGUAAACACAGAAAGCGAUCACGCUCCCGCUCAAGAGAGAGAAAAAGAAAAUCAUCACGUUCAUACUCAAGUGAGAGGAGAGCCAGAGAAAGGGAAAAAGAACGACAGAAAAAGGGAUUACCUCCAAUUAGAUCUAAAACAUUAAGUGUAUGUAGUACUACUCUCUGGGUUGGCCAGGUGGACAAGAAAGCAACACAGCAAGAUUUAACCAACCUUUUUGAAGAGUUUGGACAAAUUGAAUCCAUUAAUAUGAUUCCUCCCAGGGGCUGUGCUUAUGUGUGUAUGGUUCAUCGACAAGAUGCAUUUCGAGCUCUUCAGAAACUUAGUUCUGGGUCAUAUAAAAUUGGGUCCAAGGUCAUUAAGAUUGCUUGGGCUUUAAACAAAGGUGUAAAAACAGAAUAUAAACAAUUCUGGGAUGUGGAUCUUGGAGUCACUUAUAUACCAUGGGAAAAAGUUAAAGUGGAUGACUUGGAAGGUUUUGCAGAAGGAGGCAUGAUUGAUCAGGAGACUGUAAAUACUGAAUGGGAAACUGUGAAAAGCUCAGAACCUGUUAAAGAGACGGUCCAGACAACUCAGAGUCCAACUCCAGUUGAAAAGGAGACAGUGGUCACAACCCAGGCAGAGGUUUUCCCUCCACCUGUUGCUAUGUUGCAGAUCCCAGUAGCACCAGCCGUGCCUACAGUUAGUUUAGUCCCACCAGCGUUUCCUGUGUCAAUGCCGGUUCCUCCUCCUGGGUUCAGUCCAAUUCCUCCACCUCCUUUUCUACGAGCAAGUUUUAACCCUUCACAACCACCUCCUGGUUUCAUGCCUCCUCCAGUUCCCCCACCUGUUGUACCACCGCCUACGAUUCCACCAGUAGUACCAACAUGAGAAAAUAUUUAUUUUAUCAUCUA